GUGAUUGGCGGAGCAAGAGGCUUCUUAAUAUAUUCGCAAUCGGGGAUCCGGUUGCUCUCAAAUCGUUCCGGGCCCGCCCUGGGAAACACCUGCUACCGCUCCGAAGCGGGACUGCCGGAGUGCUUCGGGCUAAGCUGGUCCCUUCGAAGUUACUCGCUUCCAAAGACUUUUGGCAUCCUUCAAGUAACUCGGAACGCUUUCGCUUCCUGUUUGAGGUUCUUGGGACAUUUGAUCCAUCGAAGGACGAAGUAUGGACAACGGGGGAGGGAACGAACUGCGGCUCUUGCCUCGAUUGUGCUGCCCAGAAAAGGGGCCGAACGGUUACGGCUUCCAUCUACACGGGGAGAAGAGCAAAACGGGCCAGUUCAUCCGGUUGGUGGAGCCCGACUCCCCGGCCGAGCAAUCCGGUCUGAAGGCUGGCGACCGCUUGAUAGAAGUGAACGGAGACAACGUAGAGAAGGAAAGUCACCAGCAAGUAGUGAACCGCAUCCGAAAUUCGCCCGGGUCGGUGCGCUUGCUGGUAGUCGACUCGGAGACCGACCAGCAUCUGCAGAAGCUGGGCCUCCAAUGCCGCGAAGAAUUCAUUCGCGGGCUGCCUGAGAAACCCGAGGCAAGGAGCGGCGAGCAGGAGGCUACCCGGCAGGACCAGAACGACAUGAAAGCGGAUGGAGAGGAAAACCAUCACGCUGCCCAGCGGAAAGAGUUGAGACCUCGUCUCUGCCACAUGAAGAAGGGCCCCAAUGGCUAUGGGUUCAACCUCCACAGUGAUAAGACAAAACCAGGCCAAUAUGUCCGGGCUGUGGAUCCAGAUUCUCCAGCUGAAACUUCAGGGCUGCAGCCUCAAGACCGUAUCAUUGAGGUGAAUGGGCAAUGUAUGGAAGGCAAGCAACACUCAGAUGUUGUUUCAGCCAUAAAGUCUGGUGGAGAUGAGACCAAGUUGCUGGUGGUGGAUAGUUUAACAGAUGAAUUCUUCAAGAAGUGCAAAGUCAUCCCCUCUGAAGCACAUCUGAAAGGUCUUUUACCAGAACCAGUUGCCAAUGGUGAUGUGGAGAAGGAGAACCUUAGAGAUGAACAAACGGAGAUUAAUUCUGAAAGCCCUUCUAGCCCUAUGACCGUGUCUCCUUCUUCAACUCUGAGUGAACCUUCCAUUGAGCUGUACUCUCAUGAGAAAGAGGACAAACUCAGCACCACAUCCGAUCCCAUUCUUGACUUGGACAUCCCACUGGCAGUAGCCAAAGAGCGCGCCCACCAGAAACGUACCAGCAAACGAGCACCGCAAAUGGACUGGAGCAAGAAAAACGAACUCUUUAGCAAUCUGUGAACCACCCCCCGACCCUCAAGCUGGGAGGUGAUAUAAAGGCAAUACUGAGAAAUCUGGCCAGACCAUGCCUCCCCCCUCCCCCUCUCCUAAGCAUUCCGGUCCCCUAGAUACAUUUCCUUGCCCUUCUUCUCUCCCUCUCCCCCUUUGCUUGGAAAUGUAGAUGCAAGAUCUUGUCUUGCCCUGGGUCCCCUGAAAGGGCAAACACUUGGCCUGAUCAUUCUGCCUGCACUAUUUUGGAGAAGCAGUUGUAUUUAAAGAGGACAAUGAGACAUUUUCAUAUACCCUCUAUGAAUAGCUUAAGAUAGCUUGCGGAUGUGAAUCCAAAAUGAAUUUGGUGUCGCUGUUGGAUCUGUAGUAUAAGACACAUACGCAUAUCUCUAUAUAAAAAGAAUGUAUGCACAGGACAAGGAUAUAAUAUGUCAGGUGCCACACUGAAAAAGGGGACAGUGUGAGGCAUAGCUGUACUGUAGGUCCGUUAACUCUUUUAAGAUAGUUGAAGUUAAACAUGUAAAAAACAUUAAUCCCUGUAGAUCUCAACUGGCUUUCUUCAGAGAAAUCAUAUUGGAUGCUGAUUGAACUAUUCCAGACGAUGUCCUAUCAGGACUAUAGUCUAAGCUUGCAUAGAGUACCUUUAAUUCCUAAUUUGAUUACAAAUGAACAUCCUUUUGUGGGGCAGUUCCUCUGUCCUCUAUUCAAGGAACUGCUUUGCUAUGAGUGGAGAGAAACAUUUCUGAUGCUCAUGUCAUCUUCUCUCUUUUCUGGUAAAGACAUUCCUGGAUUGCCACUGCGAGAAAGGGCUUAUUAGGCCAGACCCAAUACUUCUUGCUUUGUGCUUUGGAGGUUUCAAAGUGUGGGAAGAGGAAUAAUUGAAAGCUGUUGUAGCAGCCAGCCUGUGAGAUUCUUUUCCUUCUGGGUAGGGGAUGUGGUAAGGAGUCGUACCUAAUGCAGCAGUUGAAAGCACACAAGGAUAAUAUCCUGUCCUCUAUUUACUCCAGAAAUGGAGCCAAAUCAGGGUUUUCAAUAAUCACGAUUAAUUAACAACUUACUGAUAAUAGUGUUUCAUUUCUGGAAUUGUUUUCUAAUUAUGGCUCAUUUCCCUGUAUGUGUGUAUAGUAUAAAAAUCAUUCCUCUUCCAUAAAUUUUUGUUUUGUUUUUGUGUUCCUUGAUUGAUGUUUGAUGUCAAAUGUAAGAGAAUCUGUUUACUGGAGCAAAAUGCUGCCUUGAUUUUGCGUGCUUAUUUAAAAUUAAGGAUUUUUUUUUUGUAAAGCCACAUACACAGGCCACAGUGUAUGUGCAAGUUGAAGUCUGCAUGAGAUUAGCUAAUCUCUCUAGUUUUAUAAUUUAAUUUAUAACUUUAACUGGAGUAUAGUGAGAGCUGUAAAUCCAAGGCCAGCAGCUGGCUUAUGUAAUACAAAUAACACACAAACACACACAAUAUUUUUCCACUCUCCAAAUAAGAAUAGAUGAGCUUCUGUCUCUGACUGUUGGGCUGAAUAAUAUAUCAGACUUCAGGAUGAUAGAAAUUACCAUCAUACCUGCAAUUGUUUGUUUUUUUUCCUGCCAAAUUAGGUGAGCAGAGCCAUGUCAAUACUCAACCAGAAUUGAAAAUAAGAUUGAAACAGCAACAUGUAGGAGAAACUGGCCACCACCAUUGGCCACCACCAUUGACCUCUUUUUCAGCCUAGCUCUGUUUCUGGGGCUGUAGAGAUGCAUUACACCAUUUGCUUCUGCUUGAAACUUAGAACCACAAGCCAGCAUAUUCUAUAAAUUUCAAGGGUUGUGUUUGUAGAAUGAAGUAUUGUUAAAACAAGCUAUGCAUUUAAGGCCAAUGUGCCAUUCUUAGCCAGAAAGUUCAAGUAAGAAAUUACGAUAUUGCAUUCAUAUUCAUCAAGUGAUGCCGGUCAGAGUAGAGAAACAAUUUGUCCACAAGACUGUCCUGCCUUUCAUUUUCUAUGUAUUGUUCACUGUCAGUGUGAUAUAAUGUGGUUACCUCAUGUAGUCCCCAAAUCAAUGUGCUGGGCCUUGUACUUGGGAACCAUUUUACAACAGGCAAUCAGGCAAAGGCCAAAGAAGAUUAGGAAAGCAAAGGCUUUAUUAUAUGGCUCCGUCAUUCUUCAUUACAGCCCACAAGGAUCUUCCUUGAUAAGAGUUGACCAAUUUGAUUUUUUAAAAAAGUUAUUAAAAAUGACUGAAUGAAUUAAGAGUGGGAGAGAUUAAGUAUCCAAGUUUAGGAUAGGUAGAGGUAAAGGCAGUUUACAUGUGAAUCCAAGGUGGUUCCCAAUUUAGGUACUGAUCAGAUUUAGGCUCGCUUGGUUUCAAAGAUGUUUUGAAGUGGGCCAUAAGGUUUGAAGAGUGCUUGGGGUUUAUCAACUUAUUUAUAAAUCAACUGAUUGGUGGGCCCCAAAGGACUUUCCCAUGGGAUGGUUGCCAGAGAAGCUAUGUUAAUAUGUUGCAGUAAAAAUAGCCAAGAGUCUUAUGGCACCUUAAAAGCCAAUCUUUUUAAUGCUUCUCCAAGUUAUUAUCACUUAAUCAAAUGCACAGUAAUAAACCCAUCAUUUUUCUGA